AUGGCAUCUGCUAUUGGAUACUGUGCACUUCUUCUUCUCUGCUCUCAUUUGGUGUUGGGGAGCAUUGAAAUUAACAAAUAUUUUGGUGAUUUUCCCAAAUUUGUGGCAUUCAUCACCAAUGUUAUCAAUAGUGAAACAAAAUCACUCAACGCGCCAGGUUUUAAAACAAAUCGCUAUGUAACAAUUAAUAAUCUUAAAAUUGACUUAACAUCAAUUUUAAAAGCAAAUGAAACGAGAAAGGAUAAAAUUUUGAUACGCACUGGAGUUUUUUCGGUUAAAAACAAUGGAAAUUCGCAAGCAGAAGCACAAAGAGCUCUUAAAUUGCCAUUUAUUGACUAUUUGACUCCAACACUGACUUUCUCCAAUACGAAAACGACUUCAAUAAGUGACACAACUGAGGAAUGGGUCACGGUUCAGCCUCAAAAAGUGUUCUUAGGUCCAAGGAGUCAGAAGGAAGUGAAAUACGAUCUCUACAGGGAAGAAUUAGAGCAAAUAUAUAAUUUGGAAUUCACAGUCGAUCCGACUUCAACAUUCACUGUCACUAGAUUCAUAAGAUACCGACAACUCGGAAUGGUGGGUAGUUCCAAAAAAGAAGACAAGUUCAAUUUAUUGGAAUUUUUAAGGAAGGCACAUGAAAAAAAUUUUAAAUUUCAUUAUUCAAAUUUCAUAAAAUACGAUUAUAAUACAAACAAACUGAUGAUAAAGAACUACACUGCUGUGAGAAAUGUCUUUAAUGAUAUUGUUGAGGUCACUUUGGGAGCAGAAGAACCACUGAAGUAG